GGCUUCCCGGGCGGCGGGGCCAUGGCGGCCGCAGAGCCCAAGCCCCCGGCGGGUGUGGCCGCGGCCCGGCGCCUGGCCCGGGGCUGCUGGUCCGCGUUCUGGGACUACGAGACGCCCAAGGUGAUCGUGGUGAAGAACCGGCGCCUGGGCGUGGUGUACCGCCUGGUGCAGCUGCUCAUCCUGCUCUACUUCGUGUGGUACGUAUUCAUCGUGCAGAAGAGUUACCAGGACCGGGAGACCGGCCCUGAGAGCUCUGUCAUCACCAAAGUCAAGGGCAUCACCUCGUCGGAGCACAAAGUGUGGGACGUGGAGGAGUACGUGAAGCCCCCGGAGGGAGGCAGCGUGUUCAGCAUCAUCACCAGGAUCGAGGUCACCCCCUCCCAGACUCAGGGAACCUGCCCCGAGAGUGUGAGGGUCUCCAACGCCUCCUGCAACUCCGACGAGGACUGCGUGGCGGGAGAGCUGGACAUGCUGGGAAAUGGUGUGCGGACUGGGCGCUGCGUACCCUACUACCACGGGGCUUCCAAGACCUGCGAGGUGUCUGGCUGGUGCCCUGUGGAAGAUGGGGCCUCUGUCAGCCAAUUUCUUGGUAAGAUGGCCCCAAAUUUCACCAUCCUCAUCAAGAACAGCAUCCACUACCCCAAAUUCCAGUUCUCCAAGGGAAACAUCGAGAACCGGAAGGACAGCUAUCUGAAGCACUGCAUGUUCGAUGAAGUGUCGCACCUGUACUGCCCCAUUUUCAGGCUGGGCUUCAUCGUGGAGCGGGCAGGGGAGAACUUCAUGGAGCUGGCGCACACGGGUGGUGUCAUUGGGGUCAUUAUCAACUGGGACUGUGACCUGGACCUGCCGGCAUCGAACUGCAACCCCAAGUACUCCUUCCGGAGACUCGACCCUAAGCACACCCCGGCCUCCUCUGGCUACAACUUCAGGUUUGCCAAGUAUUACAAGAUUAACGGCAGCACCACCCGCACGCUCAUCAAGGCCUACGGGAUCCGCAUUGAUGUCAUUGUGCAUGGCCAGGCAGGCAAGUUCAGCCUGAUUCCCACCAUCAUUAAUCUGGCCACAGCGCUGACCUCCAUCGGGGUGGUAAGGAACACACACUGGGGUCUGAACACAUGCGGUGGGUGGGGGUCCUGCCCAGCCCUCACACACCUGUCUUGCUGGCCCCAGGGCUCCUUCCUGUGUGACUGGAUCUUGCUAACAUUCAUGAACAAAAACAAAGUCUACAGCCAUAAGAAAUUCGACAAGGUGUGUACACCAAAAGACUCCCCAGGUAGCUGGCCUGUGACACUGGCCCUUGUUUUGGGCCAGGCCCCUCCGCCCCCUUGUCCCUACUCCACAGACCCAAGCAGACCACAGGAAGAGGGGCAGAGUCAGGCCCAGGUCAUCCUGCCGCCACGGCCUUGUCCCACGUCUGCCCUGUCUGAGCAGAUGGUGGACAUUCCCGAUCGGGGUGCAGGACCGGGGCCUUGGGCCUCUGAGCCUUCCCAGCAGGACUCUGCGCUCACAGACCCCCGAGGUUUAGCCCAGCUCUGAGC